ACUAAUGUAAUCACGUUCGUUCAAGAGAAACGGAGGAAAGUCCUGAGACGUCAGAACACAGGCAGGUGACAGGCCAGCUUGCGUGAGAGCAGUGCCGACGGGGGGCGGGGCGCCAGGACUGGACGCGAUGGAAUAUUGGGGUGCAGGAAGAAAAGCGUAGGGGUUGUGUAUUCAUUUUAAAUGAACAACGAAAGCCUUCAUUUCAACCGCCCCACGGAGAAGUGCUGUUACGAGAGGGGUACGUGAUGAGGGGUGGGGCUUACGCUAUGUUCUGGAAGGAGUGUUGUGUGCUUUAGGACGGGUGGAGACCACCUCUCUGUUUCGCGUAUGUCACCCGGGAGCUCCAGGCCGCAUGAAGCCCCCGAAGGGGAGUGCGGAGGCCCAGCAGCGCCCAGCGCUCGGAGGCAGAGGGUCAGCCCCUUCCGGCGGGUCCGCGUUCCCGGAAACACGCGGGGUGCCGAGGGGGUGCUUGGGACUCGCGCCAGCCCCGCGUGAACGUCAUCACCGCCUAGGGAAAAGCGAUUGUCACCGUGAACCACAGAUGAGGCGAAGCCAGCAGCGUGGCCCCGCGGCCCGGGCGGAGCCGGGCCGUGUACAGCAGGCUCGCGGUGACAGCGCCGGCCCAAGGGGAGGCCGGCGCCGAGCCCCGGGCAGUGGCCAGGAUGGGCAAGAGCCCCUCGCUCCCCUGCCUGUCCCGUGGUUACAAAGUCCAGAGCGACCUGGUGGAAUCUAUCCGCGUUUCUUCUGUGUUUCGAAGCAGUGCUCCAGGUAUUGUCCAGUAAGUGCUCCGUUUGCUCCGGGACUCAAGUCCUUUGUCCUCGUCGAGCCUAUGCCCUUCCUGUACGCGCACUGCUGUUCGGAGUUCUUGUGCAAUACGCAGGAACCGAAUAUCCGCGAGCCGGAAUUCAGAGAAGGCGGACGAGCAAGCCGCUUGAGGAGCAGCGGGGCCUGGCUGGCCGCCUCCCUGACUCUGUCCUCUGGGUGAGGGGCCUCGGGCGGUGCCUUGGGAGCGCGGCACCGAUGACCCGGGCUCGCCGCAGGUGCUGGGAACCUCAGCAUUAAACCUGUUUUCCGCUGGUUAA